AUUAUAGAACCUGAUGGACAGACUUGCAGUAGAAUAACAGAUCAAUUUUGACGGCCAUUAUCAAAGUUGACAUUUGCAUUUGAUGUCUAGGUCUAUUUUAAAAUGAAGUGGUAAAACUGUCUUAUAUGAAAUAACACACAAACCAUAUUUGACCUAAUAAGCACAUUUUGCUGUUACAAAAACAAGAGGGGUGUGCUUGAUAAAACCAUGUACACAGUGACAGGGAAACGUUCUCAUGCAAAAUCUGGGUUGAAAAAAUAACACAUUUUUAUCAGUUUGUUUAUUUUUAUGUAGUGAAAACAAUCAUAACUGUUUGGUGCAUUUAUUGGGUCGAAUGCAGUAUAACAGUUUCUCAUGUCCAGACUUGUCUGUAUUUAUGUGUGUUAUGAUCUGAGUCUGAUUUUGCUCUUUAACUCCAUUCACAUUACUAAAUUCACGAAGAUCCGGGACUUCCCGUUGUUGGAGACAGCCCUUUUCUUCCUCAUGUCAUACAGUACAUUCCAGGCUGCUGAGGCUGCAGGACUCACAGGAAUUGUAGCGGUCCUGUUCUGUGGAAUCACGCAGGCCCAUUAUACCUUUAACAACUUAUCUGUGGAGUCAAAACAGAGAACAAAACAGUUAUUUGAGCUGACAAACUUCCUGGCAGAAAACUUUGUUUUUCUCUAUGUGGGCGUGUCUAUAUUCACAUUCCACGCCCAGAAGUGGCACGCAGGCUUCAUCCUCUCAACAUUCCUUGCUAUCAUUGUAGCGAGGUUCUGUAAUAUCUAUCCAUUGUCACUAUUGCUCAAUCUUGGCCGUCGGAAAAAAAUCAAAAGUUCCUUCAUGAAUAUGAUGAUGUUUUCCGGUUUACGAGGGGCCAUAGCAUUUGCUCUCUCCAUCCGGAACACUUCGUCUGAAGCUAGGAGACUGAUGGUGUCCUCCACCAUGAUGGUUGUCCUGGUUACCGUCAUUAUCUGUGGCGGGUUUACCACACCUAUGCUGCAGUGGCUGCAAAUAAGGGUCGGAGUUGAAGAGGACCAGGAAACCACCGACGGUUCCAGCAUUAGAACAGCUUCGUCCCGCCAACGUCAGUACAGCUCUAUGGAGAGUCCUGUAGCAGAGACGCCCACCUUCUCAAACGAUCUGGUGCGUCAAGGUGUUGUGGGUUCUGCAUGGGUGUUUAUGUACAUAGGGCCGCCAGCAAAUUAAACGCUAGACAAAAUA